AUGCGCCUCUACCUGGGAGAGGGAGAGCUGCAGAGAGACUUCCGCCUGUCAAGGCAGAGUGUGGGGGCCCUCAUCCAGUCCCUCGGCUACAACAAGGAGCACGGCUGGGGAAAACACAUUGAAGUGGGCAUUUACUUAUAUUGGCUGGCCAGUGCCACCUCCUACAGGGUGGUGUCGGAGGCCUUCGACGUGCCCACGACCACAGUGUUUGAUAUUGUGCAUCGUGUGGCUAAAAACAUGAUGGCUAUACUUAAGAGGGUCAUCCAUUUCCCUGCUGAGGAUGAGCUGGUGGGGAUAGGGGAAGGCUUCGCCCGCCUGGCUGGCUCCCGGGCCUUCAGCCAUGUAGCUGGCAGCAUCGACGGCACCCACAUCCGGAUCAAGCCACCUGCAGCAAACAAGGUCGACUAUCUGAAUAGGAAACUUUUCCACUCGAUCCAGCUGCAGGUGGUCUGUGAUCACAGAGGACGCUUCAUAAACAUCUUCACAGGUCUACCUGGUGCAGUGCACGACGCACGGGUCUUGCGGUGGAGCUCGCUGUACUACAAGCGGCUCUACCCACCUCCUGGCUGGAUCCUCAUUGGGGAUGGGGGAUAUCCCUGCCUGACAGCACCGAUAGCCCUGAUGACCCCGUACAGGGAGCCGGUGCAGAAUCCGGUGCAGGCCAGAUACAAUCGCCACCAUUCCAAGGCCAGAUGUGUGGUGGAGAGGGCGAUUGGCAUGAUGAAGAACCGGUGGCGCAGCAUCUUCUUCAAGGCUCUCGAGGUUAAACCUACUUUUGUGCCGCUGGUGGUGUCCUCAUGUGCCUUCCUGCACAAUAUAUGCAUCAGCAACGGUGACAUGGUGGAGCCAGAUGAGGAUGUCCCGGAAGAUGACGGGGACGACCAGCCAGAGGACCAAAGGCCUGGGGAAAACCUCCGGAACAGGAUGGCUGCAGAGAUUUCUGCUCCUGGUGCUGCCAUUCCUGCACUGCAGGAGCAUGACUAUAUUGGUCAUGUUUCUGCAAACAAUUAA